AUGACUUCAACACCACCAGAGACCCCACCUCCUGGUUUCCUGGGCCAGAAUGGCGCAUCUACUCCCCAAGUGCCCGAAACCCCCAACAUCCUCUUCAUCAUGGCCGACCAACUGGCUGCUCCUCAACUCAAGAUUUGGAACGACAAGUCGCAGAUCAAGACUCCCAACCUCGACAAGCUCGCUGAGAAGUCGGUCAUCUUCGACUCGGCAUACUGCCCCUCUCCACUUUGCGCACCCUCCCGCAUGUCAUUGGUGACUGGCCAACUCCCCUCCAAGAUCGGCGCAUACGACAAUGCCUCGUCAAUCAGCUCAGACACUCCCACCUUCUCACACUACCUUCGCCACGCCGGCUACGAGACAGUAUUGGCUGGCAAAAUGCACUUCAUUGGUGACCAACUGCACGGAUGGGAGAAGAGAUUGACUGCCGACAUCUACCCCGGCGACUAUGGUUGGGCAGUCAACUGGGACGAGCCCGACACUCGCCUCGAGUGGUACCACAACAGCAGCUCCAUCCUCCAGGCAGGCCCUUGCGUUCGCAGCAACCAGCUUGACUACGACGAGGCCAGCAUGCACAAGAGUACUCAAUACCUGUACGACUACGUUCGCCAGGGUCCCGAUGCCAGACCCUUUGCCUUGACCGUCUCCCUGACCCACCCUCACGACCCUUACACCAUUGAAGACAAGUACUGGGAUAUGUACGAGGAUGUCGACAUUGACAUGCCUGAUGUUCAGAUCAACAAGGAGGAUCAGGAUCCUCACAGCAAGCGUCUGCAGCACGUCUGCGACCUUCAAGACUACGACUUCACCCCCGAGCAGAUCAAGAAGGCCAAGCGUGCCUACUAUGGUGCCUGCUCAUAUGUCGACGACUGCAUUGGCAAGCUUCUCGAGGUGUUGGACAAGUGCAAGCUACGCGACAACACCAUCAUCAUCUUCAGUGGCGACCACGGUGACAUGCUUGGCGAGCGUGGUCUGUGGUACAAGAUGUCGUACUUUGAGAGCUCAGUCCGUGUGCCUAUGCUCAUCAGCUACCCCAAGGCAUACACUCCUCAUCGUGUCCAGGAGAACGUCUCCACUCUCGACCUUCCCGCCACCGUCUGCGACAUGGUUGGCACUAAGCUUGUCCCAGGUCUGCCUAUGGAUGGUCACUCAAUGAUGCCCCACCUCAGAGGCAAGAAGGGUAACGACACCGUCUUUGCCGAGUACAUGGGCGAAGGCACCAUUGCCCCUCUUAUGAUGAUCCGUCGUGGUCCUUGGAAGUACAUCACCUGCCCUGCUGACCCGCCACAACUCUUCAAUCUCUCUACCGACCCCAAGGAGCUCACCAAUCUGGCCACCAGCGAUGAUCCCGAGACCAAGUCCAUGUUCGAGGGUUUCGAGAAGGAAGCAGCUGCGAAGUGGGACUUUGACGCCAUCACCAAGGAUGUCUUUGCCCAGCAGCGCCGUCGCCGCUUCGUCUGGGGCGCCCUCAAGACUGGCGAGUUCCACAGCUGGGACUACCAGGUUCCUGAUGACAGCAGAAACAUGUACAUCCGCUCGCACAUGGACCUUGACGAUCUUGAGCGCCGUGCUCGCUUCCCUAUCGUCGAUACCUAUGGUCGCGAGAAGACCAUCACCAAGGCUACGACCAAGUUCCCUCACCAAGCCGGUGCUUAUGGCCAGUGA